GGAGAAUACUUGUAUCUAACACCAACAUGCUGACUUAAGAUUGUCAUAGAUCUUAUAUGCCAAUGAAUGUCAAUGAUAAAAGUAAUAUGUUUAAUUUAGGAAAUGAGAACAUACGACAGAUUUUUUGUGUUAUUGGAUUCAUGACAUCAUUCGUGUUUCACCUGGCCGAAUGCUAUUGCAGUGUACAUCAGGGACUAAAAUUACUGACAAAAUGGAGUGACGUGAUACAUAUGAAUGCCUUCCAGAGUCACAACUGUUCCUGGAUGAUUCACGUGAAAGAUGCAGACGUUAUUCAUCUCAAUUUUAGCUACCUGGAUGUAGGGAGACAACAAUUUCAGACUGAGAAAGACUGUAUGGACUACAUACAGGUUGAAGACCCGUAUAACAAGACAGCCUUCUUGUGUGCCGACUUACAUGAACUGGAAAUCAAACAACUGCACUUAAAACAGCCUGUCCUCCUGCGCUUUCACUCCAACAGCAAAUGGGCCGCCAAAAGAUUUUUAGUCACAUACAAAGGUUCUUUGAAACGUAUCCAACGUCAAGCUUGCUGUCUAAAGAUAGACUCGAACAUAACCUGGGAAUCACCUUUUUCUCCUUCACAAUGCAAAUACGAAAUAGGCUUAGAGAAUCAUUUUACAGUUCUGUAUUUUAAAGACCCAAAUGGCACUUUUCCCAGUUGUGGCGCCACGCCUUUUAAGUAUGACUAUGGCUAUGGGCUGGAGGAACUUUGUGACAUCUCUGCAAAGCUUUUCGAUACAGUGACAACCUUAAUUGUCAACGAAACUGAGAAUGUUGAGAACUGGAAUUCACCUAUUGAAAUAGAAAUCAUUCCUGAUUGUCGAUACCGUGUACAUAUCGAUGUCACAGAUUCUGUUCGACUUAUUUAUACACCUUUCUAUCCAAACACUCCAACCAACCUGUUUAAAUGUACAUGGGAUUUGUCCUGUUCACUGCCAUUUAUAAAGAUCAAAUUGGUCAACAGUACGAAAUUUCCACAAUGUACAAAUUCGCCUUUGACGGUUUCAGACGCGACCUCUCAAUUGAACGAGAAUCUAUGUGCCCAAACAACUAGCGUGACUGCUUCUCAACCUCUUUACCUUACCUACCACUACACCUCAAAGGAGGACCCUGUGUGGGUGGGAACCAUUGAGUUGUACCCUUCACAAACGUCCUCGGACCCACUUAUUAAACCGAAAGCAGUUCCAACAAAGAGAACUACAGACAAUGACGAGGAGGAGGGUGUGUGUACUCAGACAUACGAGUCCACCAGUACAGUAUCCAAUAACUGUGGAAGUCUAUCAAAGCAAAACACCAUCACCAUGGGGCUUUGGGAAGGCACGUUCUCAAGCCCAGACUUUGAUUCUUUCUCUACUUACGCCAGCAUAAUAGAUUGUACGUGGGUAAUAGAAAUACCAUUCAGCAGCCACAUUAUGUUAGUCUUUGAGACCUUUGCUCUUCAAGAUCCCAUAAUAGACGAAGAUAACGACUAUACUUGUGAGGACUAUGUGAUGAUAACGGAGUAUCUGGAUUCUGAAUCAUCAUCUGAAAUUUUCUAUAAGUGUGGAACAGUCAAUAGACGUGCCUAUGCCAUAAUUUCAUAUGGAAACAAGAUGGAGGUGAAAUUCAAGUCUGACGCCUCGGUGAAUGCACUUGGCUUUAAAGCUUCAUACAAAGGGCUAUGCUUUAGAAUAUCUCAAGACGUCGUUGGAGGUAGCGUCAUCAUCCCCACUGACAAAUUACCGCAAACGAACAGUAUCAUUUGUCGGUGGCAAUUCGCCUUGCAUCAAGAGUACUUGUUCAUGAUCAAAAUGUUAGAAAAGAACGUGGCGUUCCCAAUGAAGCCUUUCUGUGGCUCCUCCCCAUUGAAGAUCACGCUGUACCUGGAAAAUGUCAACCCUGUAACAGAGGAUCUUUGCAAAAAUAAAGUUUUUGGGUCCUACUUUCUCGACGAAUUUCUGAUUUUGGUUUACAAAUGGGUUCCAAGGAAUUCAGAUAUAAAUACAUGGCAAGGAACUGUUAUCCUUAAGUACUUCAAGGGAUAUGAAUCCUUCAAUUGCUCAUGGAUGUGCCCCCAGUCAGAAUGCCAAUUCAUUAUUUCCCUAAUAAACUUUUCACCGGUACUUUACUGCCUUUGUUCGGAGUUGCCACUAGGUCUCACGUGCCAAGAGGACAGCGGACAAUGCAAAGCGGAGGAAUGUGACCCCAGUUUGUGUAGAAAAACUGUCAGAAACAACACAGUCUUUGAGACUCCUAACUUCCCAGAGUUACCGUCUGAGGACAAAUUAUGCGUAUGGAAGCUUUUUCAGAUAGACUCUUAUGUUAUGGUUACCUUUGUAAACAAAAGCCUAGAAGCCAUGCCCAACUGUGGAUAUUAUGUCAUAAUGAUGUCUCUGGAAGAUGAGAGCAAGUUCGAGCUUUGUAAAACGACACCUAUCUUCCUUUACAAAGGUCUUGCCCGCCUAUAUUAUAAAUAUAAAAAGAAAGGUGACUUUCCAAACUGGAUCGGUCAGUUAGAUAUUCAAUACACAAUGAGCCCUGCCGACGCUGAUUGCAAUAGGUUCUGCUCGGAGUCGAAUUGCAAGUUAUCGUUCGACGCUAACGCUUCGCCGAAUAAAGCAGUCACCUGUAUUUGCGCCGAGAGCCAUCUAGAUCACUCCUGCACGAUUAAUAGUACAGUUUGUAAGGCAGAGGAGUGUGCCUUUGAAAGUUGCUGGCAGCAGAUCCAGAAAAGUAGCGUAUUUCUGACUCCCAACUAUCCAAUGGCGCCAUCAAAUUAUAUCAAGUGCGUCUGGACAAUCUAUCGGCCUGAAGAGAUCGUGAUGAUUAGGUUCAUGAAUGACAGCUCGGACGGUGCGUUUCUGCCGACGUGUGCGUCCUCACCUAUCAAGCUGUCGUUCGGAACCUCCUCCCAGAUUCUUUGCAAACGACAACCUGUUUUAGCUUCUGCAGGCAAGGUCAUACUGGUCUAUGAUUCAAGAUCCUCACUGAUUCCAUGGGUUGGUGGAGUCGCAGUGGACUUUACCCACAAUCCAAACGACGUCAACUGUGCCUGGCUGUGCUCACAGUCCAGCUGUCAAUUGAAAUACGUGGAGUCGCCUCACUGGUUCACAUGCAUUUGCAAGGAAAAAUACUUAAACCUCGACUGUUCCGACCACAAUGAAUUGUGCAUGUCUGAGCCGUGUUUAUUACGUGAACCGGAAACAAUCAAAAAUUACAACCACACGUACUGCGAGGAGGAAAUGCUAAACGUAAAGCCGCUGAAAUGGACCAUGACUCUCGCGUUGUUAACAGAUGUCGAGCCUUGUCCGUUACCAGGGGUCAUGAACCAUACAUUAACAAGACAAUGUCUGUACAAUGAAUCCACUCCGCAGCGGGGCCAAUGGGCCCACCCAAAUAUCACGGACUGCAUUCAUUCUGCUGUACAGAACCUCAAAGAAAGUCUGUCGAAUCAGACUAGUUUCGACGAAAAGACCACAACUCAUGUGAUGAGUGUAUUGAACACCUUCAUUGACUUAGUGAACUCUUCUUCCGUCGAGUCGUCCGUGGAUCAUGACGUCAUUGUUCACAUUGGAGAGAUUCUCAACAGGGCUUCGAACUUUAAGCCAAACUCAACCUUGACCGAACAAUCUUCACUUUCGUUGGCCACGAAAUUUGCCAAGGCGAUUGACUAUAUUACAGAUAUAAAGUCACUGGACAAAUUAAAGAAUGCUAACACGAAAGAAAUAGGCGUGAUAAUGGACGUAGUCCUGGACUCGGCAAGGACAUUCUUCAAAACUUUAAGCGAAUCCAUGGUCGUUCCAGGGGCGAGUAGUUCAAACCAACCAACUCUCAAAGUCAAGCUGAAAAACGUAGACUUUCGACUCACACUGUGGGACAAUAAAAGAACUUUAGUUGAUGGAAGCAUGUCCAUCUUAGUUGGUUUACCACCGCUGAAAAGUUUUUAUCCUCGCGACUUUGGCAAAGCGUUAUGGCUGUACAUCGCACGCUUGAAUAAUGUGCCCAAACUGAUUGGUAUAUCUGAAAACAAAACAAAAGAAAUAGAGUCGCCCUCUGAUAUAAUGAGUGACGUCUUGUCCGUGGAGUUCUUCAACAAGUCUACGUUCAGUAUGAACGAACCUGUCAUUCUACAUUUUACUUUGAAGAAUGUAACAAGGCUAAGUUAUGGAAGGUUGAUAUGCAUGUCAUUCGAGAGCAAUAAAGAAGAUGGGGUUCGUACCUCAUUCUGGUCCGAAUUUGGUUGUUACAAGAAGUUUCAGAACCUAAGCCAUGUUCAAUGCUUCUGCACGCAUUUUUCAAACUUUGGGGUUCUAAUGGAUAUCUACGAAACACAGCGUUCAUUGAGCGAAGCUCACGAAAAAACUCUGAGUAUUAUCUCUUAUGUCGGCUGCUCGGUCUCCAUAUUCUGCUGUGCGAGUCUCAUCGCGAUCUACCAGGUGUUGAGACUCAGAGGAGACCGAGUUCUUAUUCACCAACAAUUUGCUCUUUGCAUGGCUAUAGUUCAGAUCAUAUUUAUCGCCAUGGUGCAGCUGACAAAUUCAUCAUUGUUUGACACAAAAAUGUGUUUAGUGACCGCCAUUACGUUACAUUACUUCUUGACCAGCAUGUUCAAUUGGAUGCUGGUGGAGGGUAUUCACCUGUACGUCCAGCUCAUCUAUGUCUUCUCAACCACCUCUCACAUCGUCAAGUACAGCCUUUUCGCCUGGGUGACACCAGUGUUGAUUGUAAGUGUCGCCGCUGUAGUGUUCCAGGAGGAUUACAGGAGUGACAAAUUAUGCUGGAUCAGUAUUAAGGUUUUACGUUAUUUCUUGGUCCCGACAUUAUCCGUAACCGUCAUCAUCAAUGUUAUCAUCUUAUCCCAUGUUAUAUUAAUCAUCAAGAAAUCCCAGUCAUCUUUAAAUCUUCUCAGUCAAUCGGAGAAAAAACUGUUUUGGACAGGUUUGAAGGCUUCUGUAUCAUUGCUACCACUAUUGGGUCUGACGUGGACCUUCGCCUUCUUUAUAGUAUCGGCCGAGAUAUCGACCGUUAUGGUUCAUUUGUUUACCUACCUUUUCACAAUAGCCAACAGUUUCCAAGGCCUACUGGUAUUUAUAUUCCACUGCCUCCUUAGUACCGAGGUGCAUAUUGCUGUGCGAAACUAUUACAGGAUAAAUUUUGGUAGCCAGUACUGGGAACGUUCCAAAUCAAGAUCUGAAUACAGAAGUAGCGAAUAUAGGAAGUCGGAAUUUGAUUCAAAGGAAGACCGUGUCGAAUCCGUGAUAUUACCGGAGCCCGUCGUUAGCGAGGAAGUGGUCCCACAACCAGCUGCAAGUUUGCAACGCUCACGACAGAUGUCUGAGGUAACAGGUACAGCUGUCUGAAGUACUAGACCAGAGCACGUCAAACACAUCUGUCUAAAGUACUACCCUAGUGAAGCAAGUCAAACACUGCUGUCUAAAGCACAACCUUGUGAAGAAUGUCAAACAAUGCUGUCUAAAGUACUACCCUAGUGAAGAAUGUCAAACACUGCUGUUUAAAGUACUACCCUAGUGAAGAAUGUCAAACACUGCUGUCUAAAGUUCUACCCUAGUGAAGAAUGUCAAACACUGCUGUCUAAAGUACUACCCUAGUGAAGAAUGUCAAACACUGCUGUCUAAAGUUCUACCCUAGUGAAUAAUGUCAAACACUGCUGUCUAAAGUUCUACUCUAGUGAAGAAUGUCAAACACUGCUGUCUAAAGUUCUACCCUAGUGAAUAAUGUCAAACACUGCUGUCUAAAGUUCUACUCUAGUGAAGAAUGUCAAACACUGCUGUCUAAAGUUCUACUCUAGUGAAGAAUGUCAGGAAUCAAGAUUGAAGCACCAAACUGAAGGCAUUGGUCAUGAGCGAUUUCACAAUUGUUUCGUUGCUGCUACAAAGUACAGCUUGGAGAGUGAAACAUUUUCAUUUCUUUUUGUCGAUAUUCUUUGAACUUAUUUGUUCACAAUGCUUAUUGGUCAUUAUAUUGUGUUCCUCUAUAGGCAAGUAGAGGAUGAAUGUGUAUUAUAAAUAUUUAUGCUGUAUUUAUGCUUUAUGUUCAACGCACUCAGUAGUUUGUAUUUAGCCUCAACUAUUUAAUUUGUAGCACAUAACUUUCAAUUGUGUCUCUAUUUUAAUCACUACUUAGAUUUACGUUGUUUAAACUUAGAUAUAAGCUGUUAAGGUUUAAACUUAGAUACAAGCUGUCAAUGUAAAAACUUGGAUAUAAGUUAUUACUGUUUAAACUUAGAUUUAAGCUAUUGUGGUUUAAACUUUGACAUAAGUCUGGUUUCCAAAACCAGCCCAAUCUGUACUGAGCAAUUGGUAAAACGUUUUUUCCCCAGGACUCUCGUGGAGAGAAUGUGUGAUGUCUUGAGGACUCUCGUGGAGAGAAUGUGUGAUGUCUUGAGGACUCUCGUGGAGAGAAUGUGUGAUGUCUUGAGGACUCUCGUGGAGAGAAUGUGUGAUGUCUUGAGGACUCUCGUGGAGAGAAUGUGUGAUGUCUUGAGGACUCUCGUGGAGAGAAUGUGUGAUGUCUUGAGGACUCUCGUGGAGAGAAUGUGUGAUGUCUUGAGGACUCUCGUGGAGAGAAUGUGUGAUGUCUUGAGGACUCUCGUGGAGAGAAUGUGUGAUGUCUUGAGGACUCUCGUGGAGAGAAUGUGUGAUGUCUUGAGGACUCUCGUGGAGAGAAUGUGUGAUGUCUUGAGAUGGAAGAAGGUCAAAUCAUUGUCUGCAUUAAAAUGUUGGCAGUACGUUUUCCCGCCAUUUCAACUGGUGUUAAAUUUUAUUUCUAAACUACGAAACCAUGAUUAAGUGCAGAGUUAGUAUAAAUAGCAGACUACGCGCAGGCAGUAUAAUCAAGGGACUGUAUCGUGUAUAAAAUGUUAAUAUUAAAAACGAAUGAGAAAUUGUUGCAAUCACAUAUCACUCUAACUUUGACAUUAUGUCUCGCUAUGAUAAGGGAGGGCCAUAUAAUCAGCAAGCAAUCGGGUGGAUUGAAUUCACUCAUCAAAUUCGUUGCAUUAGAAAACCUCUUAGUGCGCAUGCGUUUUGUCUUCUGGAAGUCAAGGAUAAGACAAGAGACGUUCCACACAUAGACAUCCACAAUACAUCCACACAUACACAUAUAAAUACAUACAUGACAUACAAAUCUUAACCUACAAUCUUAUACUCAAGUAGACAAAAAUAUAAAUGAUUUCCUUUAGCUGCUAAUCAUUUUCUUUCUGAUCUUCUAAGGCAAUUUUCGGUACAAAAUUAUCUAUUUAAAAAAAAUCAAU